UGUUUCGUUGCACUGGUUCCAGUGCUCGGUAGACAAGUGACGGGCCGGAUCGCGGAGAAGGUUGUGAGCGGACCGUGACUGAGCGUGUUGCAUGCAUGCAGUGCACGCGGUUGUGGCGAUAAUCCCCCGAAGGGCAAGUGAGUAGUUGCCGGUGAGUCGAACUGGAGAAGGCUCGCAUAAUCAUACUGCACGCCGUCACAUUGUCGAGGAGGAAACAUGCAGACACUAUUGCUGCUGCUCGCCUGCUUCCUGGCCACUCUGGCGAUGAGCAGGGCGUUUGAACAUUACCAAGAUGACAUUCCGAAUGUGGGACGAGGUACUAGCCGCAUUCCGGCGCCUAUCAACCAAGGAAUUGCCAUCAACAAUGUUCCUGUGACACAACCUGGCUUGGUGUGCCAGUCUAUCGGACAUGCCAACCAGUGUGGUGGCCCACCAUCCGAUGGGGGUAAUGCCUUCGGAAUGGCCUUCAAUGUUCCAAGAUUCUUGGGCUCGUACACCACCGCCGUGUGCAUGGCAGACAGCGAUGAUGAUGGAUAUACCAAUGGCGAUGAACUUGGAGAUCCAUUCUGCGGAUUCAUCACCAGCAGACAGCCAAAUCGUACCACGUGCCUUUCCCAUCCAGGUUUUAAUUGCUCAACACCAACUGAUCCAUAUUGUGAAGGAUUCACAACUCAGCUGCAGUGUCUGGCAGCAACAGGUGCAACAUCUGCUACUGUCCCCGUCACCACGGCUCAACCACUGACGUCCGGUCCAGUCGUGUCCCCUGAAAGCAGCGCACCAACCACAGCUAGCCCGACGGCACCUCCGGCCGAAACGAGUACUCCAACAACAGGCCCACUACCAACAACAGGCCCACCUCCAACGACAGGCCCACCUCCAACGACAGGCCCACCUCCAACGACAGGCCCACCUCCGGACGAAUGCCCGGAGAUCGUCCAAUUCAACAACCUGGCCUCCUAUUUCACAUGCAUCCGCAGGCUCAACGGCCUCUUUCUGGAUGAGUACCGUAACUUUGCUGCCAGCGACCGCAGCGCCUGCACACUGCUCAGAUAAGCCCUAGCAUCGCCAUAGCAACCGCACACAGACCAAUCCUGUCAGUACUUAUUUGCAUUUCACCCAUCUACUGCACAGUGCAUGUCUCUCGCAUGCGGUCAGGUUGGUAGCACAUGCCACUACGUCGUCUUAGCUAGUUUGAUGACUGGUCUUAGCGGAUAGCUUGUUUUGUCGCCUUUCUGUUCUCAGUAUGAAUAGUGCUGUGUUGGACACAUUUCUGAGCCUACUUUUCUCUGUGGAAUCUCCCGCUGUAUUUCUUUUCACUCUAGCCAUGCAGUAGCCCAGGUACUACCGCCACACCAUA